AUGGAUAUCACCAUGAAAAUCUUGAUCCUGGUAAGCCUAGCUUGCAAAGAAGUGACACCAAGUGCGCAACGAACAGGAAAAGAAGUGGAGGAAAGGUUGAGACCGGAAUUCGAAUUUGGAAAAGCUAUGGUGAUGUUCUGGAAGACAACAUAA